GUGUCCAACGUCCAUUACCAACAAAAUAUCUCUUUAUCCUUUUAAUUUUCCAAUGGUUUCUGCUCUGUGCCUAACCCCUUCAUGUCUUGGUACUAAAAUUUUCUGUGUUCAAACUUCUGAAUGUUCAGGUCUGAACAUAACAAGCCAUACAAAUACGAACCGAAAACAUUUCAGGGUCAAUUAUGGGUUCCAAGGCCCUCCCACAGAGAAGUAUUGCCUUGUCACUGCAAAGGCUACAAAUGACAACCAGCAAAACACAAAACCAAAUAGUGUCAUUUGUGCUGAUUGUGAUGGAAAUGGAGCUAUUGUCUGUUCUCAAUGCAAAGGUAGCGGAGUGAACUCUGUUGAUAUUUUUGAUGGACUGUUUAAAGCUGGUGCAUCCUGUUGGCUUUGCGGAGGCAGGAAGGAGAUGUUAUGUGGGAAUUGCAAUGGAGCUGGAUUUAUUGGUGGCUUCUUGAGCACAUAUGAUCAGUAAGGAGGGACAGAUCCAACGAUAGCGAACAAGUUCAGUAUAUAUUAAUUGUUUUGGUUCAAAUACUUUUCACUCUUUAAACUUUGUGUUUAGUUAUCUCAGUUCACUUGUAGCCAUAGUGGUUGCUAAAAAAAAAGAUGCAGGACACUAUCAUAUGAUGCUCAAGGAAACAUAGAUGCUCUAAUGUAUAUCAAAUAUUAAUCCAUUAUUACAUACUUCAUUGAAUGGCAAAACAGUCUUGAUUUCUUUCUA